AUGCGGCUUUUCAAGUCCAACAACAAGUCGCAGGCUUCGAUUGAUCGGAUAACCAGCUCGCGGUCGUCGAGUCCGGACCUUUCCCACUCGCGAACCUCCUACGCCGCUGGUGGAGCUCACCAGUACGCUGACCGCCCAGGAUUUCCGCAGCCGCCCCUACAACCCCUCGACGACCACCACAAUCUCCCAUACCCUCCAGACCCUCAGGGCCAGCCCCAUCCGGCACACAUCCUCACCCGCAACUCUGUCGAAGGACCGGGCUAUGUUGAAGCGAGCGGUCAACGUCAAAGUGUGCCCAUAAACCUCAUUCCUCCCACCGCCCCGCAGCCCGUCCACGUGCAAGUCCCUGAAUCCCGUGGCCCCGUCCCAGUGCCCGGUCAAACGCAGUUCGGGCAGUCAAAGCAAGUGCAUGUGCCCACUGAAGAGAAGCACAAGCGUUCCAAGCGCAGUAUCUUCGGCCUUUCGAAAGAUAAGGACAAGGACAAGGAGAAAGAGAAAGAGAACUUACACUCCCCAACGGAGAAGAAGAAGGGCGGAAUAGGUCGAUCGGGGUCACUUCAUCUUCUGAGAAAGUCUCACCAUCAAUCAGGGGAGACCUCUGUACAUAGCCCAUCUUCGCCUCAUUAUCGACAGUCGGGCUAUUUUGGAGGCUCUAAUCAAUCGCUUGACAAUUCUCCCGAGGACCCCGCCCACUACGAGCAGUACCAACAGCAGCAAUACCAGGCGCAGCAGCAGCAACACUACGAAUCGCCCUCAUCUCAGUACAACCAACGUGCGCCCGAGUACCAGGAACAGGCUCAAGCCGCAGCACAGCAGCAACAGCAACAACAACAACAGCAGCAGCAGCAUUACCCGCCGCCCUCGCAAGACCAAUACCACGCUUACCAGCAGCCGGGCACAGCAAGUUCUUCUGAGCAUUAUCUGCCUUAUCAACAGCAGCAGGGUAGUGCUCAAGGACGACCCGCCAAUAUUGCGCUCGUUGAUCAGCACCAGAGUCUUCGACCUCCCUCUCAAACCUCACUGGGUCCUCCCUCCCCCAUCGGCGGUGCUAUUCAUCAAGACUCGCGACCCUCUACUUCUCAAACGAGCCGCUACUCAGUCCAGUCGGUUGGCCAGGGCCAGGGACAGCUACAGCCGCAACCUCAGCAGAUGGCAAGAGGCGACGUGAACCACGGCAACUUAAGACAACAGGCACCGCAGCGCGAUCCUCGCGAGGAGCAGGCUCAGUACCAACAAGAUCCCAGAGUCAGGAUGUCCCAACAUCAGCCCGAUCAAGGUCGCAACACCCCACCACCCCAACGCUCCAACCGCGACGACCCUCGAGACACGGACUACGGCCUACUCCUUCAAAAGCACGAAGAGCUACAAGCCAAAUACUCGAAAGUUAAGCGCUACUAUUUCGAGCGUGAAGCGCAAGUCACGCAGCUCCAAAACACUGUCGCAACACAACGCCUUUCCAUGUCCAAAACAUCGCUCGAUGAUGCUCAAUAUUCCCAGCGCUUCGAGCGUCUUUCCGGCGCCAUUAACAACCUCGCGUUCAACAUUCGUAAGGACUGGAAGAAAGUGCCCCCCUGGCUGCAGCCCGUUUGCAACGUGGAUGCCCACGCUAUUGGUACCAAGGAGAUGACGGCCGUGGGACGCACUUGCAUCACACGUUGGCUCAACGAUACUCUGUUCAAGCAGACAUUCCACCCAGGGAUUCCCAUCGAAGUUUCCACAUACCUCAAAGCUAUCGAGAGCAAUCUUCGCAGCCAGGCCUCCAGCGGCUUGAUGUUCACCGACGAACAGCGCGAUGAUCACCUUAACAAGUUGACCUCUUGGCGUCUCACCACUAUUGAAGGCCUCGGUCCAUACCUCAACAGCAAAGAUGCUGCACAAUACCAAGAAAGACUUACGGCAUCCCUCACCAAUGACCUCACUGGAUCCCUGCAGGCGAAUCUGAAAGAGCCUCCACCACCAGGUCUCCAGGAAGGUGUGGCCACAAUCAUCUCCCAAGCAGUCAGCCUCGCAGCCAACAUCCCUCUCGAGUCGCGCGACAUCGUGAUCUCUUACUUCAUGCCCGGCGAAAUGAUCAACGAGUCUCUCAUGAAGGUCGAAACGGGCAUGACGCCGCUCACAAACCCCGGGCAGGAAGUGCGAGGACCGGGUGACGGCGCCGCCGAUCCCAAUGCAGAUGACGAGGAGGGCGUGCGAGGCAACAGCGUGGAGGAGCAGAUCCGCGAGGCGGCGGCCAAGGCCACACAGAGCGCGCAGCAGGGCCGAACAGAGAGUGUGGCGAGUCAGGGGAGUGGCUCCACGCUCAAGGGGUUGGACAAGGGAAAUGGCAAGGGCCAGAAGGGCAGUGGCUUCCUCGGCGGCUUUGUGAGCAAGAAGCCCACGCCGCAGCAGUCCACGUCCAGCCAGCGCUCAGCCGGCGCGGGCGUGAGCCGGGAGCAGCUGGUGCGAGAGCAGGAGGCGGCGGCGGCGGCGGCGGCUGGUGGUGAACAGAGGGGCGUACAACCUGGUGAGGCAGGCGUGGCACAGUUGCUGAACCCGGAUCUGAGGCCGGGAGAGGGCCGGAUUCGCUUUGCGGCGUUCUUGGCCGUGGAGGUCAGGGGCAAGAUGGGCGAGAGGAAGGAGGGGGGCGCCGCGAGUGCUGGGGCGGGUCAGGCGCCGGGACAGGCUGGGCCCGGUGGUGGGAGUGUGCUGUGCAAGGCGUCAGUGUUUGAGCUCUGA